UGAUGCCAAGAUCAAUUUUGAGAACAUGACUAAAUGCCUGCAGAUCCUGAAGGAGAGGUACUGGGACCUGAUUAACCAGGAUAUUUAUUGCAAUAACAAAGCAGAAUUCAGAGGCUACCGUGUCCUGCUCCGUCUCAACAAGAGGGAUAUUCUCAGGUGAAUCUUUAGUUCAUUGUAUCUGAUCUGUUCCUUCAAGAAAAGUUAAUUCUGUUUUGUUCAUAGCACAUCGAUUAAGAGAGUGUCUCGCUGUGGUAUUAUCUGCAACGAUGUACAAUAGUUGACGUUCGUAAGGAUAGGCAGCAGGUUAUUAGUACUUGCAAUUACAAGUUUGGGACUUGGGCCGUCGGACACAGCUGCCAGACAAGUACGCUGAAAAUUUGUGGGUGGGGAAGAAGAGACUAAGGCCACAGCACUUCAGCCAGCUUCAGGAUGUACGUUGAGAUCCCGAUCCCAAGACUGAGAACCAAAGUGCAGAACAUCAACUACGCCCCCUCCAGUGCGAUGAGCUCCGUGGGACGUCCUGCACCAAAAAACUAUCUUCAGGGCUAAAAUCCCAGCUGUUCCUUUAAGAGCAAGUGAUCUCACAAUGGUGUGGGAACAUUCUAAGGUUUCCUGUGGGCCUUUCCGAGCCCUGGGACAGGUGACUCUUGCCUUGCUGAGGCUGUCUGCUACAACUGACUCCACCAAGGACAAGGAGGAUGACAAUGACAGAGGAUAACGAGUGGAUGAAGACAAUUCAGAACGAAAAUGCAUACCUGAAAAAUCAGGUUAGGUUGCUCCGGGAGAACUAUGAAUUACGUUCGUUACUGAGUCAGCACUAUGAAAACAGCAAUGAAGGGCGAAUUGUCACUUCCCACCCUGCUCCCGUGUAUCCGAAUGCCAGCUCCCCAGGACAAGGAGCCCUGCCUCACGGAAGGGAUAUCAAGCCACCGGAGAGCCCAAGUCACCUACACCCUUCGCUGCUGCAGGAGUUCAGUUAUUCCCCUCUCCACAUUGCAAAUGAGGAAGCAAUUCUGUCCAGCCCCAAAGCCCAGGCAGAGGCUACAUUUAAGGGGAUUCCCAAUAAUCCCACUUUGUUUCAGCCUACACCCAGGGAGAGGAAACCAAUCCUGCUUUCCAGCACUUCCUGGACCACCAGGGUGGAGAAACAGCUUCCAGAAUCCAUAGACCUCUCGAGGUUGAAGAAAGUCUGCUUCACAGACGUCACUUCACCUGGAGGAGAUAAGGCUCGUUUAUAUGGGAUGGCUCACCAGCAGCACGGAAGUGUCCUCAAUGCACGAGACCUUCUGAGUCAGCCCCAGCCAUCGUCCCUGGGAGAAUUUGUUUCCUCAAAUCCCCUCAGCAUUUCAAACAAGGAAGGGGCCCAAGCACAGCUUGUGUUUCCAGGAUACUUCAAAACAUCUGAGCCAUUUUCCCCAGGAAUUCCCCCAAGGAAGCCAGUCCCCCUUAUAAACAGCACACGGGAUAUAGUGGGCGAGAAAAUGUCCCUGGACUCGGAAGAGAUGCAUAGGAAAAAGAGAGUCUGGUUCUCCGAGAGUCCAGGAGGAGAUGAGCCGCGGAAGCCCCAUACCUAUUAUUUAAACGAGCUUGAGCUGAACAGCAAGAAAAAUGGCCGCAUAGUGGGUGAAAUUGCCUUCCAGUUAGACAGGCGCAUCCUUGCAUAUGUGUUUCCUGGAGUAACGAGACUUUACGGCUACACAGUGUCCAACAUUCCUGAGAAAAUCAAACAGGCCUCCAUGAAGUGCCUGGAUGGCUCUGUGGAUGAGAAAAAGCACCGAGGUAUGAUGCAGCGGUACCUGUCCCUCGCCGCACGCCUCGAGAAGAUGGGCUACAACCGGGAUGUGCACCCGGUGUUCAGCGAGUUCCUGAUCAACACCUACGGCAUCCUGAAACAGCGGCCAGACCUGCACUCCAGCCCUCUCCACAGCAGCCCAGCUGAUCUGCGCAAGAUCGUGAUAGACAUCGUCCCAUCCAAGUUCCUCGGCGACACUUUGCUGCUGCUGAACUGUUUGUGUGAACUCUCCAAGGAAGACAGUAAACCUCUCUUUGCUUGGUAGUGGACAGUGCUCGCCGUACCCCCUGCCCCCCCCACGCCGGCAAAACGAUCCUCCCAUAGACAUGAACUCAAAGCAUGAGUUUUAAAUACAGACAUGGAGUUUUUUUAUCUAUGUCACGAGGCUCAGUCCGAGCAGUUAGCUCCAGCAGGAAUACUGUGUGUGUUUGUUUUUAAUGUGAGAGGUUUCUAGAUUUUUCCCAUCCUCUUUUCUAUUAUCCUAUCCUAGCCUCUGUUCCGCUUCCAACAGGAAAAGCCAGCAGGCCACUUCCAACUGGAAAAGCCAGGGCAGUCACUUCCCCCCACCCAUCACACGCUCCACCCCCUGAAAUGGCGGGAUCAACGUUGCACUCAAAGCUGGAAAAGCUUCCACCUGCAGUCACGGCAGUACCCUGCUGUGGCCAGCUCUAAAGUCAGUAGGAGGUGCUGUGACGGACACUGGGGAAGGGGAUGAAAUACAUCCUGCUCGUACGUACUCCCCUUUCUGACUAUAACGAAUAGUAAGAGCCAAACGGGCUGGUGCACCAGCCAUGCCUAGCCUGCUGCUGCUUUUCAUGCCCUCUUGAUGUUUACAGAACAAAACACCAUCCCAAAAGAGAGACGCACCAGGGUUACACCGCUGCCUUUAACUCCAUUGACUUUAGAGCUGCCACCUUUUCCAGCUAGGGCUGGGGAAGCUCAUCUCCUUGUGUAUCCUGUGGGCCAGGAACCUGACUGAGGCAGACCAUUAAACUGAGUUUAUGGCUGCUUUGCGUUGAAGGCCUGCUGCGUUGGGGCCCUGCAUCACUGUUCACCUGGAAAGCUGCAAGCCUGUUGAAGUUUUAACUGGCAUUGGGUAACAAUGAUUACUGGGUUUGCUUUUGCAUAACAAGUGCCUUCAGACCUGAUCCAUUCUUAGGAGAGUAGCCCUUGCUUCUCUGAGUAAUCCCAUUGGUACAAAGAAGGAUUUUACCCACGUGAGUAAGAGUUGCAGGACUGGGUUCUUUAUUUGUGAGGUUUCUGGCUACUGCAGGAGGAUCCAACAUGAACCUGGGUCAGGAAUCCUCUAGUUCCUCUGAAGAGAGGAAAGACCCCAGGGCUGUGACACUGGGAUCUGAGGAGGGGGGUGCUGGGAGAGGAAGUCACAGGGCCUCAACAGGAAUCCAAAGUACUCUCUCGCUCAGUAAGAAAAUCAGUCUGGUCCGAAAGCUGAGCAGCGGUAUAACGAAUGCAGCCCUUCUUGUCUGGAAUCCCUUCGCUCUUUUCCGAUACACCGCAUAGCGCGAGAGAUGGGCCAUGUCUCUGCAGUUACAACCAGGCUGUAUGUUGAUCUAGAGGAGCAGUCCUCAACUCCUGCUCUGCAGACAAGUCUCUCGUAUCCGCCCAUUGGUUGCCUGAAAAUUAGCCAUACAACAGAAUCUUUGAAAGACGCUGGUCACUGCAAAAUUAUUAAAGAAUCUGCAAGUUAACUGGCCUGGUUUUCUUCAAUGGGAAUGGAAGGAAAGGUGGUAAAAUAUUGAAACAGCCCCUACAUGGGACCGGUGCCUGAACCUUUAUUCUGUAACCCCGAAAUGCAAGGCUUGCUCGUGCCACUGCUCCUGAGUAGCACCACAGCCCUAGCUAUUACCAUGAGCUGUGCCGCCUCUGCGGAGGAAGCUCGCCACAUUGUGGUGCAGAUGUUCCGCAGAGCAUUUGUGUGUCUGCUGCAGAGGAAGCUCGCAAUACCACAGCCCUGGCACUCCCAUCGGGCCCCCGAAGGCUUGUGCCGUAGCUGCUGAGGAAGCUUGCAGUACUGCAGCCCAGACUCGCCUGCACAGCUGUGGAAGGCUUGUGCCACUGCUGCCGAGGAAGUUCACAGCACUACAGCCCCGGUGCUCCUAUACAGCUACUGAGCACUUGUACAACUGCUGCCUAGGAAACUCCCAGUGCUACAGUUCCUGUGCAAGCCCUGCGGAUGUGCAGAGGAUGGUCAGCUAAGGGUAGUUUUUUCUGUGCAAGGCUAAAAACAUCACACAAAUGCCUCAAGUUUUUCCUUCCUUGGCUAGUUCUUGUCAGAGGCUAGAGCGUAAUGCAGUGCUGCGUUCUCUCCAGCCUGAAGUUCGGAAAUCCCAUUUCUCAGGAGAUCUAAAGGAGGGGUGCAGAGGUGGUGCUGGGAUUGCUGCCUUCAUCCGGGGACGCACAAGACGGGUGUCUUUUUGUCUGCAUGCACAAAGGGAUAUGCACCUAGGCCCUGAUUCACAAAGGUACUUAGGCACCUAAAUACCUUUUUGAAUCUGGGCCUGUGACGGGGUGUAUCAACCCCGCCCUGGUGACACAGGGGUUAACAAACUGCUCUGGGCCCAAGCGGCCCUGCCCCCUCACCCUUGCAGGGCAGGCCCCCAGCGAAGGGAGCGUAUAAACGGAAGCAGCUCAGUUCAGUCUGGGGUGGCUGAGGAGGAGAGCAGACACAUGCUGCAGGAUCCUGCUAAGAAGCUGCCGGGAUGCCAAACCGCUGGGGCCGAAGCCCCUGAUUACGCCUCAGCAGCCCGGGGACCGUGGGGACCGAAGGGGACGACGCGCCGCUACCAGCAGAGGAGAUACCGGAGCCGGGUCUAAGGAGCUACACUGACUUACGCCAGCUGAGGAUCUGACCCGAUACAUCAUUCUGUUUGAUGCAGUAGAAGACCUCUUGGGAUACGUCUACACUACCACCUGGAUCGGCGGGUAGUGAUCGAUCUAUUGGGCAUUGAUUUAUCGCAUCUAGUGUAGACGCGAUAAAUCGAUCCCCGAUAGCUCUGCUGUCGACUC